AUGUCGACACGAAGUGCUGAGUCACGAGACAACUCGCCUGAUGCCGAUGACUCUCCUGAGAAGCGUGGUAGCAAGAAACGCAAGGUCCUUUCCUGCUAUGCAUGUCGCAACCGUAAAAUGAAAUGCGAUCGAGUUUAUCCCAUCUGCGGAAGAUGUCAGAAGACCGGACGCGCUGAUCAAUGCACCUAUGACCCAAGGCUACUAGAGGACCUUACAGGCUCUGGCCCUGGGGUUGGACAUAACAGUAUAGCCGUAGAGCCUUCCUCUCGUGUUUUCAACGAUUCAACACCUGUUGCAGAUACCUCCGAUAAUCUAGCAUGGAAGGUUCGAGUGCAAGAAAGACGGCUAGAGCAGCUAGAAGCACGAAUUGCUAGAGCAACAGACACUCAUUCACUACCCUUGCAUCAUGAUGCGGUCGCGCGCAGCUCGGAAGAACCAAUAAGCAAAGAGACCAUGCUCUUCAGAGGCAAGGGAUUUAAGACAUCGUUCUAUGGAUCUUCGAGCUGUUACAGUCUGAUCAUUCAGUUCCAAGAGCUGCAAAUCUUUACACGAGAGGCUUUAAUGACAGACACAUCUGUAAAGCGUAUUCGUACCGACUUCAAAGCAUUCAGAAGCCGUAGAAAAGCUCAAAUCAAGGAACAGGGUCUCACAGUGCUGGGCACUGACGAUGAAAUCUUUGCAGCAUUACCUGCAAGAGCUGAGGUGGACGCCGCAGUAACUCUUUACUUCCAGGAGUUUGAAGAUGCCUAUCGAAUCCUGCACGAACCGACAUUCAGAAAAGAUUACAGUGAGUUCUGGAAUGCACCGAAAGAAGUUGCAACUAGCUUCGCCUGCAUUCUUCUGUUCAUUGUAGCAAUUACACGCUGCGUUGUCGUCGGUCGAGACCCCGCGUUUGUGGGUGAUAGUUCUGCUGAGCGAGAAGAUGCAAAGAACUUGAUUGAUGCUGGUGAUGCAUGGCUUCGGCAGCAAUCUCACAAACGCUUAACAAUCACUUUCUUCCAGUUGCAGUGUUUCUCUGUCUUGGCCAAAAAAGUCAACUGCAUCAAGGUAAAGCAAGACUGGACAGCUACAGGGGCAGCAAUGCGGUUGGCUAUUGCCGCAGGCAUGCAUCGCAAUCCAUCUUUACUUGGACCGGGACGCUGUUCAGUGUUCCAUCAAGAGAUGAGAAAGCGUCUUUGGGCCACCAUCAUGGAACUUGAGCUACAAUCCGCUAUCGACAGCGGACUCCCGUCCACUCUAUGUGGAUUCUACUUUGAUACACCGGCUCCCACAAAUCUUCCUGAUGAGGCAUUCUCGUCGGAUACAGAACAGCUUCCAGCGGAAAGACCCACUGCAAAUUUCACAAAGGCCUCUUAUCUAAAUAUAAGUCGAGCUUCAUUGCAGUUAAGAAUACAUAUCGCGAAGCUGGUGAACGACCCAGGUACGAGCUUGUUAUACUCUGAUGUACUCCACUACGAUGAAAAGAUCUCCUCCCUGCUGGCCUCCCUUCCUCGUUGGGAAGACCCUGCAUCGACAACGGCUUCAGUAUUGUUGGAUGUUCAGCUACGCCAAUUCCUCCUCAUUCUUCAUCACCCGUACGCAUUAAGAGCUGCAAAGAAUCCUCGCUAUUCCUAUUCUUUCACAGCCGUCGUGCGCGCUGCAUCUGCCAUUAUAUCACAUUACGACGACCUUAUUUCGGAGAACAUGAUCGCGAUGACUCAUUAUCGAAAUGACAUGGUGCGAAUAGCAAUAACUCUCGCACAGACCGUUUACCAUAGCUCCUCGUUUGCGGAUUCAAAGGACAAUGAAUCAGCCAUUCAGUUCCUGACCGCAGUACGGAAAGCAGCAUUUACAGGUGAAGAAGAUCCCCACAGAGGCUCAAGAUUUUUGAAUCCGACGGGUGUUCGCGUGAAAAUUCCUCAGUUAACACAGAAAGAUCUUAUGACAAGAAUGCUCUGUACAACAGCGAUCGAGCUCCUAGAGCGCGCAAGGUCUUGCUUCGAACAGAGAGUCAUGCGCCUGGGUACAGGAUACAUGGAGUAUUGGCUCAUCUCGGCCGCCAUAGGAAUCAUGCCUUCAGAUGCUCCGAGUCAGACUCCGAGCUCUGACGGCGCGGAUCGUGCAGUCGACGACAUUCGCGAACGGGGCCGUAAAGCGAUUGAGAGAAUCACAAGUCUAUGUUUCCGCGUACUAGCACUACAGAAAGAUCCCGCAAACGAGUUCUCGGCCUCAUUAAGAACAGCUAUCACGAGUGAUGGUCAAGCUAAUUCACAAACUGGGACCUCAACGAUCAGAUUUCCAUCGGGCUCUGUCGAGACACCCUUGCCAACAGGCGCCGAUGCCGCAUUGCAACCAUUUAUACCUGGAACCGGUGGUCUGCUUCGUGCUCUUGACGAAGGAGCAAAGUUCGGCUUCAAUGAUCAAGGGACGUGGAACCAACCCCAAGACGUUCAAAUGAACAACGCAUCGGACUGGAAUUUUCCUGAUUUUUGGGCAUUUGACAUGGGUGGCGAUGUUUGA